AUGGAUUUACCUGGUGAUGAUGGUGCAAGUCUUGACAAGCCAUACAAAUUGAUCCUGGACACAAAAGUUCCUUCAGGUGUCAUCAAGGAGUUGGAAUCUGCAGAAAUCCUGCUUGCAGAUGGACACUUAUUGGGACAAAUCUUGUAUGCUUUGCCAAACCUGAAAUGGGCACAGACUACAUAUGCAGGAGUGGAAAGAAUCAUGAAGGGAUUCUUUCCAGAGAAGGGAAAACCAACUUUCACAGUGACACGUUUCUCUGGAGACCACUUUGGAAAGCAGAUGUCUGAGUAUGUGUUGGCCCAGGUUGUGAACUUUGAACGGAAGUUUUUCCUCUGUCACCAAAAUCAGUCUCAAGGGAAAUGGAUUGCAGAUGGGAACAUCAAGUAUUAUAGGCUCAUCAAGGACAUGACCUGUGGGGUUAUGGGUGUUGGCAAGAUAGGCAUGGAAAUUUGUCGUACCCUCCACCACUUUGGAGGAAGAGUGAAAGGCCUGGGUCGCUGUCCAAAGCUAGACCUAGGAUGUGAAGCCACUAUUCUCUCUGACUACAAGACUGUGAAAGAAUUGGACAACUUCCUGUCAGACCUGGAUCUACUUGUCUGUGUCCUGCCAAACACUCCAGAGACAUGUGGUCUCCUAAACAAUGGCAUGCUCAAGAAUUGCAAAAACCAGCCCCUCUUUGUCAACAUUGGCAGAGGAUCUUUGAUCUUGGAAGAAGAAAUCCUCAAGGCUUUGAAUGAAAGGUGGAUCCGAGGAGCCAUCUUGGAUGUCUUCAAUGAAGAGCCUCUCCCUUCGAAUCAUCCUCUGUGGUCACACCAACAGGUGGUGGUGACCCCUCAUGUGUCUGGAAUAACUCGUCUCCAGGAAGUUGUGACCGUGUUUUCUUCCCAGCUACAAAAAUUCUCUGAUGGGCAGCCCUUGGAUAAUGUCCUUGACUGGGAUGCUGGCUAUUGAUAGAGCUUCAUUUCUUACCCCAUUUUCACAUUUUGAAUUUCAUUAUUGACAGAUGCAUAUAGUCAAUGCUUCUUGAGCUGAUUCUCUUUAAAAUGAUUCACCAGUUUCAGAAUGAUGAGUCAAUGAUACAGCAG